GCCAUCCAUGUCACACAUGCGAGCUGGCAACCCAGGUAUAAACACAAAACUUAUCGGAACCUUGAAAUUUGCUCAUGGCUCACCUGUGUUUUCUAUUCUGUUUUUUCAACACGGGAAAUAUCUAAUUCAUGGAAACCCCUUCCUGUCAUUCCCCGUAUUGCCUUGCCACUUGUCAGCUUUAUUCGGGGUUUCUUCUGUUUCCCUUCCAUUACUUUUCAAAGCGUGUUGCUGCCUUGGUUGUCCAGGAUACCACUUCAUCCCGUGGUGUGGAUUCCCUUCCACAUCAAGCAUUGUUCUCCAUAGGGCCGGUCAUUAUUACUGUACUACGGCUCGCACACCCCUAGACCCUAGGCCAAUAUCAUAAGAAAAACAACCCUUUGUGCGCCUCUCCCGGGGAACGAAAACUUUUUCCAGAGUUUUUUUUUUUCCUUGCCUUUUAUAUCAUCUUUGAUGUCUGCCCACAGGAUUCGGUUGCCUGUGUGAAGCAUACUUGACCAAGAAAUAACCAUACUUUGCCGACAAAAAUACCUUUGUCCUGGCACAAACACAAGCUUUGGACAACCAAAAAAGCUUGGGACCGGCAAAUUUUGUACAAACCCGCAGCAGGUGCAUAAGCCCUUCACAACCCCACGUCGCCUGCGACCACCGAAUAUGGCAACCGUGACUUUCACAGUCACCGAAUUCGACUUGUCCAACUGUCGCCCAAAGCCAAUAACGGACAGAAUUAACGAUGUCCCGGGCCUCAAGACCAGCACUGCUUUCUUCUCCUUCCUCCGCGCGAACCUCGUGCAGACACCUUCGACCAUGUCAUCCGUGAACACACCCCUCGUCGAGCCGACGGACACGGCACCAGUGCCGCACAACCUGCGCCGCAGCGGCGCCGCAGCCGUUUCCCCAGCGGCCUUGGACGACGACGACGCCAUCCCCCCUCUGUCCCUCGAGCUGUUGACGGAGCGCGUCGACCGCGUCCAGGCACUGAAGCUCGUCGCCGACAGCGUCGCCCAGCAGCGCCAGCGGGCCGCCUACUCGCUCAUCUUUCACCCGCUGCCGCUCGCCCUGCUGGCUGCGGGACUAGCCCUCGCCUACAAGCAGGCCAGCCACGACCUGGGCACGCUCCUGGCCCUGUCGUCGGGCGUCGUCAUGACGUACCUCUUGGCGAUCCGGUAUGUCACGGCGCCGUACAUCCGCCACGCCGAGGAGAUGGGCUGGCCGUUCCUGUCGCGCAUGGGCGAUCCCGAGGCGGACGGCACGGACCUCGCCACGGAGGACAUGGUCAUCGGGACAAAGUUUGGCGACGAGCUCAUCGGCGCGUUGGUCUUGCGCCUGGAGCCGACGAGCCGGCCAGGCUCGUCCGAGGGUGGCAGGCGGCGCAACCGCACGCUCAGCCUCAAGGGUGGCAGGGGAGUCAUACGCGCGUGGACCACCAAGCUGCGGUUCAGGUCCAAGGGCGUGGGCGGAGAUAUGCUCCACGAGGCUGUCCGUCUCACGCGGGAGAGAUGCGGACGCGACGCCGAGGUGGGCUUUGCGCUGGAACAUGCCAACAGCCUGCGCGUCUUGCCCGACUUGUUCAACGGGCCGUUCAGAAGGGACGAGGUGAGGGCCGCCAAGGCCCUCAAGGCCGUGCUCGCAGAGUGGGAGGGUGGUCGGCGCAAGAGGUGAUGGUGCUUGAGAGCACCUUGGCAGCGGUUAUUUUUAGUUCUUCUGGUUGUGUUUCGGGGUUACAGGUUUUGAAAUAGAGAGAAGGCUAGGUUUGUCAAAUGGUUUUAUCGGAAGUUCGGUUGGGAAAAAUAGUGAUACCAAGAUACCAUUCUUUUAUUAUAGUGUGUUCCGCAAUAUCAAAUUGUGUUCCACUCAGCCUAGUCACAUUAUCAAUCGCAGAUUAAUGACUAUUUACCAUGUUUUUGCCCGCGAUGGCAUAUUUGCCCAGAAACGACGGUCCCGUACAUAUUCCCGACCUUCAUCGUCAUGAGAAAAACAAAAAAAAAAAAAAAAAAAGACAGAA